AUGGAGAAUGGGGAUGAUAAUAGUGUCCGGUUCCGCCACCAAACUCUUUCCAAAUUGUCCACCUCGAAGGUCCCGGAUAGCCCAGUGAAUGGCGAGUGUAGCCGAGGAAGUCAACACAGUCAGGCCAUUGGAGACAAUAACAUCAGCAGCAAUGGGAUAAUUGAGAUGGAGCAUAUGAUCACCAAGAAGCUACAACUGAAGAGGAAAGCAGAGUACUUGAAGAAAGACUUGAUGCGUGAGUUUGACAACCAGGUCAACGACUUUAUGGACAGUCUUAUCCAAGAGUCUGCUCGCCUGGAGCCCCCACCGUUGCCUGCUGUCUUCUCCCCUCUUCCUUCAGACAAGGAGAAGAGCAGACUCGGCUUUGACAUGUCUUCCUCUAGGCAUUUGCGACCUCCUCAUGGCCAGGGCAAGCAGUUUGUCAGCCGUAGGUCGAUCCUUGAUGAGCUCUUUGAGGUGAACCAUAUCCGGACUAUCUACCACAUGUUUAUUGCCAUGCUCAUCCUCUUCAUCCUCAGUACUCUGGUGGUUGAUUUCAUAGAUGAAGGCAGGUUGGUGCUGGAUUUUGACCUGCUUGUCUACGCAUUUGGACAGUUCCCCCUGGUGGUGUGCACUUGGAUCUUUAUGUUCCUCUCAGUUUUAGUGGUUCCCUAUCCCCUAUUCAAGCUGUGGAGACAGACCCAGUCUGGCGCUAAUCGGCACAGAUGGCUGUCCAGCUUUUUCUUUGGGUCCGUGUAUGUUCUCUACCAAGCUUUGGGCCUUGGCUUUUUACCCACAUAUGUGGCGGUGGUCAACAGUUUGCCCCCAGCUUCGUCCUUCAUAAUCAUCUUAGAACAGGUGAGACUCAUGAUGAAAGUGCACUCUUUUAUAAGAGAAAACGUACCAAGAAUCUUGGCUUGGACUAAAGACAAGUCCAGUCCGGGCCCAGUGGUCCCUCGAAUUUCUCAGUAUCUCUACUUUUUCUUUGCACCCACGCUUAUCUACAGAGAUGAAUACCCAAGGAACCAAACAAUCAGAUGGGGCUAUGUGGCCACAAAGUUACUACAGGUACUGGGCUGUUUGUUUUACGCAUACUAUGUGUUUGUGCGGCUCUGCAUUCCUCAGUUCCGCAGCAUCAGGCUUCAGUUUUUUGACCUAAGGGCCAUGGUUCUGGGGGUCUUUAACUCUAUCUUGCCGGGAGUGCUAGUUCUCUUUCUGGGGUUCUUUGCCUUCCUCCACUGUUGGCUGAAUGCGUUUGCAGAGAUGCUUCGUUUUGGUGACAGGAUGUUCUAUAAUGAUUGGUGGAACUCGACAUCCUUUGCCAACUACUACCGUACUUGGAACGUCGUGGUUCAUGACUGGCUGUUUCACUACGUGUAUAGGGACUUCUUAUGGAUCUCCCAGAAGCGCUUCCGGACAGCGGCCAUGCUGUUUGUGUUUACUGUGUCCGCAGUAGUUCACGAAUACAUCCUCGCAAUCUGCUUCGGCUUCUUCUAUCCAGUCCUUUUCUGCCUGUUCAUGUGUUUUGGAAUGAUGUUUAACUUCAUCCUCCACGACCAAAGGAAAGGACCCAUCUGGAAUAUUAUCAUGUGGACGUCCCUCUUCUUGGGUCACGGCGUCAUCAUCUGUUUGUACUCUCAGGAGUGGUAUGCCCAGCGCUACUGCCCCAUAAAAGAGCCCUCUUUUCUAGAGUUACUACAGCCUCGGUCUUGGACCUGUGAGAAAAGUGCCAUUACAUACUAA